AUGAGCGGCGCUUGGGUGCUCCUGCUGAGCCAUCAGGCGUGGUGCCCGCCCCUUCGUCCCCAGACGCCCGCCUCUCGCGCCGAGGCGCAGCCGCGAGCGAUGGAGCUCGACGUCGCGGCGGGAGAGCGAGGCCCAAGCCGGAUCCUGCCCAUCGUCGAGACGCUGCUGCGGGCAAAGCCGUUCCCCGCCACGUGUCCGUACGACGAGGCCACCGACGCCGCCUUUGCCCAGCGGCAGACGCCGUGGGUGCUCGCGCCGCCGCCGGCUGCCGAGGUGAGCGUCCUCAGCCGUUGCUACGCCGCUCGGCUCGCCGAGGCGGGGGCGAGCGCUGUGCUGGAGGUGACGGGCGACGGCGAGGGGACGCGGCUGCCCGCGCCGCCGAUCGGCCGCCCCCGCCUGAAGCGCUCGUGGCUCCACGCCUUUGCCGGCUCGUAUGAGGCCGGCCGGGGCGGCCGAGGCGGCGGUGGCCGUGGUGGCGACGCGCCGCAGCACGCGCUCUUUUCCGGGGCGGAUCCGCUGCCGUACGCGGACGCCUCCUUCGACGCCGUCCUCUGCCACGGCUGCCUCCCCUACGUCUCCCACCCAGUCGCCCUCCUCGCGGAGCUGUUUCGAGUGCUCAAGCCGUCGGGCGUGGCGCUGCUCUCCUUUGCCGGAGACCCGCCUGUCGACCGAGCCAGCGACUUCGACCGAAGACACGCGACGCAGGUCUGA